AUGAGAGACUUGCGCAAGAAAGCCCUCCUUGAGAGCGGCAAGACCAUGUCGCGCAAAGCGCGCACCCGUGAAGUUUCCAAUUUCGGCUCUACGAAUCAGUCGCCAUUGAGUUCCUCAGCCAACUCGCGCCCGGGUUCACGUGCGCCAAGUCGAUAUGCAUCAGAAGACGAGGACACGGAGGACGAGGAUGUUAACGACAGUCUUACCAACUCAGUCAUUCAUUCGGAUGACGGUGAAGACGUUAUCACGGAUUGGACUGAUAGGCUCAAAGAUUGCAUUAGCGAAAUCCUCGACCGCAAAAGGAGUAGCGUUCACGGUCGUGAAUCGUACAUGGCGGCAUACGUACAUUUGACGCGACAUCACUUUGCCGAUACCAUAAUCGAGUCUCAUCUGUACGAACUCAUUCCAGCACUAUUGAAGAGCAUCCGUAGUGGUCGCAAUACCGAGGAGAAAGUCGCAGCAUUGAAAGCGCUCACAAUGACCAUGCUCUCCACCCAGUCGGACGGAAUCUACGACCAAGUCUUUUCGAGUUUGAAGUCGGCAAGCGAGAGCUCGGAUGAGGAAAUAGUCAAGGUGGAAGCAAUCAAUACCAUGACUGUGGCAACAAUGUUUGGUGGAGGGAUGGAAGCAGCUGCAGAAGAUUUGAUGGACUUUCUUCUUGAGAUUAUAGAGAGUGAUGGACAUCACAUUGAAGCAGGCGAUAAUGGGCCUGUUGUCAGCACAGCCUUGACAUGUUGGGGAUUCCUUGCCAGCCACCUUGAUGACCUUCAGUCUCAAUCUGAACAAGCCAUCGAGGCCUUCACGGAGCAACUCGAUAGUACCGAUGUGGAUGUGCAAAUCGCAGCUGGAACCAAUGUUGCUUUGAUCUUCGAAGUGAACAAAAAGGAGUUCAAGGCAGAGCCAUUUCAACCCUACGAUCUCCAGUAUAAUCAACAUCAACUUGUCCAGCGAAUGACAGAGCUUGCAAAGGAAUCCUCAAAGGCAGUGUCAAAGAGGGACCGACGACAACUACAUGCUCGCUUUGCUAGCAUAGUCACCUCACUGGAAUCUGGCAAAGGCCCUGGGUAUUCCAAGGCAGGCCGUGUUGCACGCGAGUCGGACAGAGGAGGUGCGAGGGUUUUUGACGCCGAGAAGGUGUUCUCAGAGUUUGGAUACAGGGAAACGAUCCGAGAUCAGAACAUGUCGCUGACAAUCGACUCCUGGUCGCUGUCCAUACGAGUGGCGUUCUUGAAGAAGGUUCUUGGAGGUGGAUUCUUGACCCACUGGUCCGACAAUCCGACUGUACAGGAAAGCUUUGACACUGCAUGA